AUGCCUUUCGAAUUUAUCAACAAUGCAACAGUCAAUGAUGCAGUCCGAAAACGCAUUCGGAGUCACGUCGCUUUGGGAAGGAAUGCUGGAAAGAAGCUCGUCCGACCGUCGAAAAUGAGACCAACUGGGAUGAAACGUGUAGCCACUUCAGCUUGUAUAAAUUUGAGCAGUACCCAAAUUGACUCGGAGAAUACCACUUUUGGAAUCGAACGGCAGGUUGGGGAUAACAUUCCUUGUCUUUCAUUUCCAGAUCACUCUUUAAAAGAUAAGCAAAUCGUUCAGAGAACUUUUUCAUUCAUAAGCAGUAUAGGAUACCCCGCGGAAUUGAGCAAAGCUUUUAUUAAAACUCGGAUAUCUACUUCGAUAUUCGUCCAAUUCAUGCUUUUAGACGAAGCGUGCUUACACUGUGGUGUGGCUGUAUCAGUCACGGCUCUCAAUAAUAUCGUCCUAAAUCAGGAAGAUCCAAAGAUAGCUAUGCAUCAUCUUUCGCUUGCAUUUCGCUUGGUAAAUGAGAAACUAUCUGGAAAUGAGGCCGCAUCUGAUACUACUAUUGCGGUUGUGUUGACUAUGUCACAUUAUUAUAGGUUGCAGGGUCAAUUUAGCCAAGGCCUUGUACAUCUUCAAGGACUCGAAAGGAUGGUUAAGAUGAGGGGUGGCAUCUCGAAUCUUAAAAAGAAACAGUAUACUCUUGCUCAAAAGAUAUUCAGAGCUGAUCUCGAAUAUUCUCUCCAUUCGGGCACCUGCACACGAUACACCGUUCAGGACAUUGAAUCCAAUGAUACAUUCUGCACAAGUGAGAGUAGGAAUCUAGAUUUCUACAAAAACAAGGCAAUGUCCUGUGCAUUAGUUUCAUUACCACUGAGCACCGAUCUCCUUGUUCUUCUGGUAGAUAUUAUUAGUUUCACUCUGUUGCUCAAUGAUGCCGUUGUUGGAAGAGCUUCCCCUUUGGGGGGUCACAAGCUUCACAGUACGCUUCUUUUUCUUGGAUAUCGUCUCCUCUCCAUAUAUCCUCUAGGAGAUUGUCGUCCUAAGAAUCCUCUGGAGAACGCAAUUCACUUAGGCCUAGCGUCAUUCAUCUCAACAUUCAUGCGUGGACUUGAUGGAAAAGUCCCAGUCAAUCCAUUGUUGGCUAGUUUGCUUAGAUCUUCUACACACGAACUUUCUAAAAGCAGAUUUGAAUCUCCGGAGGCAUUACUCUGGCUAUUACUUAUGGGGAAGGCUUCGAUCUUCGAAAGUCUUGAUGACACCUGGCUAGCUUCAGAUAUAAGACAUACUAUGCAAGUUCUCAAUCUUCAAGGUCAUACUGAUGUACAACGAAAGCUGGAAAGCUUUCCUUGGGUCUACGCCUUGCACGAUAAAGAGGUCAUAUCAUUACUGCAAUCAAUUGGAAGGUCUCGAUCCGAGACUUUCAACGUUUAG